AUGAAGACACUUGCCAGAAGUUUCUGUUGGUGGCCAGGAAUUGACCAGGACAUAGAGAUAGUGGCUAAAAGGUGUCAGGGAUGUCAACAGAAUCAGAACGCGCCUAAGGGAGCACCACUGAAUGCAUGGGAAUGGCCAACAAAAGCAUGGGAGAGAGUUCACAUAGAUUUCGCUGGACCUUUCCUGGGAGCCAUGUUCUUGAUAAUGGUGGGUUCUCAUUCAAAGUUGCCAGAUGUGGUCAAAAUGACUACUACUACAUCAGCGCACACUAUCGAUGUUCUUAGGACCGUAUUUUCCAGAAAUGGUCUACCUGCUACUAUUGUCAGUGAUAAUGGUCCACAAUUUACUUCAAGGGAAUUCGAAGACUUCUUGAGUGCUAAUGGAAUCAAACACAUCAAAACUACCCCUUACCACCCAUCUAGUAAUGGGUUAGCCGAGCGUUUUGUACAGACAUUCAAACAAGCAAUGAAAUGUAGCAGAAACGAGUCAGGUGGUAUUAAGAAGAAACUAGCAAACUUCUUAUUAGCUUACCGAAGUACUCCACAUUGUACUACCAAUGAAACUCCAGCGAAACUUAUGAUGGGAAGGGAGUUGAGAACAAAAAUGGAUCUGCUCAGACCGAACGUGGAAUCGCAUGUCAAGCAGAAACAAGAAAAUAUGUGUGUACAGAGACGUACACAUGAUAGGGAUUUUGAGCUUGGACAAUCGGUGAUGAUGCGUGAUUAUCGAGGAAAGGACAAAUGGAUCGCAGGAACAAUCGCACAGAGAACUGGACCAGUGUCGUAUCGUGUUCAAGUUGAUCCGACAACUCAAUUGAGAAGACACGCUGACCAGAUUGUGGAAUCGCAAGUUCCGAUGACAAAACCGAGCAUUGAGAUUCCGGAGUCAAACACCUCAGGUUCUACCAAUAUUGACCAUGAUGUUUCAUCUGCUGCUCAGGAUUUCCAUGUGUCAAAACCGAAAGAACUUGAAAUUUCGAAAUCGCCCAAAACUGUACGCACACCAUCAAAACCUACAGCUGUAUUGCCAGAGAAACGUUACCCAGUACGUAACCGUAAACCGAAAAUCAUGGAAGAUUUUGUGUACCAUGGUUCUUCUACCAAGAUCAAAACCUAA